AUGGCAGCCACGACACCCUCUAUUGAGCCAGCUGAGUCCGGGUCCGGGAAAGGCUAUGGCAUUCAAGUCGCAUACCGUACAUUAUCGGUUCGCGUCGAAGAUAAUAAGGCCACCUCCAAGUCCCCGCCAGACCCAGCGGAUGCAAUUGCAAGCAUAGAUGCUCAUCUACUCAGUGUUGACGAAGUAUACACCCGGUAUUCCAGUCAUCCCACAGUCGGUUUGGAGCUUGCCGCUGUUCGUCGCAGGGAGCGUGAUGGCAAGAAUACCAUCAGCCCUCCACCCACCGUCUACUGGAAGAAAACGCUUAAUUAUGUUUUUGGUGGCUUCAAUUUUCUCAUGUGGAUCGCGUUCAUCUUGACUAUCCUGUCCUAUAAACCACUCGGGCCUCCUCUACCUUUCGUUCUUGGUGUUGCCGUGCUCUUGAUCCUUGUCAUUAUCAUUUCUGCUACAUUUUAUGCUUUGGUCGAUUGGAACGCGAACAGAAUCAUGAAGUCAAUCAAAUCCCUAAUUGCACACGAGGCCGCGGUCAUCAGGGACGGAAACCAGCAAAUCAUCUCAGCUGCUGACAUUGUAGUUGGUGAUAUUGCCGUCCUCAGCGCUGGCGACCGUGUCCCAGCCGACAUGCGUGUCGUGCAGGCAUCAUCCGACCUUCGCUUUGAUCGUUCUCUCCUGACGGGUGAAAGCGAAAUGAUACCAGGAGCUAUUGAUGCAACAUCCGACAAUGCUCUAGAGACUCGUAACCUCGCGCUGACUUCCACUUUUGUCGUACAAGGGACUUGCCAUGGAGUCGUGUUCGCCACCGGAGAUAGGACUGUCAUGGGACGCCUUGUCAAGAUGUCUGGAGAAACAAAGUUCAAGCUUACCACUAUCCAAAGAGAGGUCUGGUUUUUCACCAAAAUCAUUUCAUGUCUCGCGCUCUUUUUCUUCUGCUUGUCGCUUCUUCUAUAUGGCGUUUGGUUACGGACAACGUAUCCUGGGUAUGACACCACGUCUUCUGCUAUCGUAAAUUCAAUCGGCUGCUUGACUGCCUUCGUUCCGCAAGGCCUCCCGAUUUGCGUGGCACUUUCGUUGACCGUUGUCGCUCGUCGCAUGGCUAAACGUCAGGUGUUGGUCAAGAAUCUGGCGACAAUCGAGACAUUAGGGUGCAUGUCUGUGUUAUGUUCUGACAAGACAGGCACGCUGACUGCGGGAAAGAUGAUGGUGGAGAAUAUUGCCUUCCUCGAUGACAUAUUUGGUGUCGAUGAAAUUAACGAGAGGGUUACGAAGGCCGCGGACCCUGCUGUUUUUACUGUGUUCAAGACGCUCCAUCAGAUCGCGAGGCUUUGCAACGGUGCAAAAUUCGACGCAACGACUAACCACCUUCCUGUGCAGGAACGCACGAUCAAGGGCGAUCCGACUGAUACUGCUCUUUUGCGUUUCUCCGAAGCCCUUUCAAUACCAGAGCUUGAAGUGGAUUCCAGUACUCUUCAGCAAGAGUAUCAGAAGAAGUUUGAGAUCCCUUUCAAUUCUCGCAAUAAAUGGAUGCUUUCCGUGGUCUCCAAGGUCAACACGUCUGAAAAGGACGCAGAAUCGACAUGGAUCUUCGUCAAGGGAGCUCCUGAUGUUUUGUUCCCUUCCUGCACCAGUGUGCUACAAAGUGAUGGGACAGUCGUCACGUUAACAAGCAGGGCGAGGCAGACGUUCGCCACGCUUCAAGAGGAUUGGUCAAGCCGGGGUCAACGCGUACUCGUGCUGAAACCCAUAGAACAAAUCAAGGCUAAACUUCCACCGAACGACGUGGAAGAUCUCAUGUACGCGGAGAUGUGCGAUCUAACCUUGGUUGGUCUGAUUGGAAUUUGCGAUCCUCCCCGCCCGGAUGUAUUGCCAUCGAUUUCCGUCAUUCGACGAGCUGGAGUUCGAGUCUUUAUGGUCACCGGUGAUUUUAAACUUACUGCUCUAGCUAUUGCACGCCAGGUUGGUAUCAUUACUCAGCACGUCGUCGACACCAUCCAGGACGUCCGAGCUGCUGCAUCAGAGAAGGUCUCGCCGAAAGAGUAUCAUCUUAUCAAGCCAUCCGAAGAUGAUCCUAUCCGUUCCCUGGUACUUACAGGAGAAGACGUCGCAUCUCUCACCACGCCUGAUUGGAAUGUUAUCGUUGGGACCUACACAGAGAUCGUAUUUGCGCGCACUACCCCUGACCAGAAAAUGCGAAUUGUACAGGAAAUAAAAGCUCGCGGAGACAAUACAGUCGCAGUCACUGGAGACGGUGUUAACGAUGCACCAGCGCUAAAAGCCGCUGACAUUGGUGUUGCGAUGGGUAGUGGCAGUGAUGUGGCCAAGGAAGCUGCCGCCUUGAUCUUGUUGAAGAAUGACUUUGCUUCUAUUCCCGUCGCGAUAGAGAUGGGUCGACUAGUUUUCGAUAACCUGAAGAAAGUCACAUUGUACCUCAUGCCUGCUGGAAGUUAUUCGGAAUUCAUGGCGGUCCUCGCAAAUGUACUACUAGGCAUGCAGAUUCCCAUGAACUCGUAUCAACAAGUCUGCUAUUGCAUCACAAACGAUGUUAUUAUGUCCAUCUCGCUGAUGUAUGAGAAGCCGGAAUGGGACUUGAUGCAGCGCAAGCCACGCAACGCCAGGACCGAUAGGCUUACGGAUUGGCGCCUUUUCUUCCAUGUCUAUUUGUUCUAUGGACUGAUGCUGUGGCCCUGCGCGAUGGCGAUGUGGUUCUUGUAUAUGAGCCAGCAAGGCCUCGGUUUCUAUGACGUUUUCUUGACUUUCAGCCAAUGGGAGGAUGGCUGGCAAGGUUACACCAUCGAUCAACUAACCCAGUUCGUCGAUGUUGGUCAAUGCAUUUACUAUGUGACAGUGGCCAUCGGACAGUACGGAACUCUUUUAUCGGUUCGCAACCGCCGAGUAUCGAUACUACAGUCGAAUCCUCUAUGGGGCCCGCGUCGCAACCUACUAGUACUUGUCGGCAUGUUGGGCACGGUAUUGAUCUGCAUCGUGAACCUUUAUGGAGCUGGCUUCCAGCAGGUGUUUGGCACGAGGCCUAUCCCUGGGAUGUUCUGGGGUCUCCCGUUCACCUUUGCGUUAGGAAUCUUGCUCAUGGACGAAACUCGCAAAGCCAUCGUGAGGAAAUAUCCGAAGUCUCUGAUUGCGUGGCUGGCAUGCUCUUAUCAAGAAUCCCAACAUGGAAUCGUUCAAAGCACCAGCCUUCUCGACAUUCCCGCCGAGUCUCUUACUCACAUCACAUCGUUCCUCUCUCCCCCGUCGCUCCUCGCACUCUCUAGAACAAACCGACGACUCAAUGAACACAUAAACGAUGAUAAUACCUGGUACCGGGCCUUUAUCAAUCAAUUCCUUGGAAUUGGUCCUGAGAAUGAUCUCGAGAACGAGAAGAUUCUCUUACUAAGGAAGUCAGAAGGCACUUGGCGAAAGGAGUUCAUCAUGAGGCAUAACUUGAGGAGGCGCUGGGAACGUUCGCGGAAUGGGACGAUUACUCAUUCUCCUCAAGAUACUACCAUCGACGGCGUCCAUCUUAUGUCCGAGUCUGGUCUCCUCACGUGUUCGAUUCAAUACGGAGUGGUGGCUCGUUCACUUCCGCUCAGCGGCAAAGUUCUCAAGGGGUACCUUGACGCUGCCGGAACAGGAUUGGGUAUAGGAAACCCCAAUGUUGAAUUUACACCCAACGUCUCUACCUGCCGUCUCACUUCUGAUGGUGGCACUGCCAGGGCCUUCUGGGGCAAGCGUAACGGGGAAGUGGCAGUCACUACGGCUGCUAGGGCCAUGGAUCCUCGGGGUGCAUCUUCGAAGCUGGUUAGAUGUAAAGUCGAAGAUCACCACGACGGCGCCGUGAACGAAAUUGCGUUGGAUCCUGUUGUUAGCCGGUUUGUUUCCGGAGGUGCUGACGGGCAAGUCAAGUUGUGGGAUACUAAGACGGUUGUGUGCUUGUGGUCUAGCGACAAGCAGCUUCAAUCGCUUGUGGUUGACCCAUUCCUUAAGGUGUCUUCCGCUCUUGCAGAUGGCAUCAUCGCGGGUGCUUUGCAUAGCGGAGACAUUCUUUUAUGGACAUCGUCCCGACAAGUCUAUUCGGACGACUUUUCCAGCCCGGCAUCGUUUGCACAACAUCGCAUCGUCUCGCCCAUUCCAAAGGCACAGUCAUCUCCCCAGGAUAUAUUCAUACCCAAACCUCGGCCAACUGUGCUGUGUGUUCGUCGUCACUCACAGACUACGGCAGCGCUACUCAUCGGGUACUCCGAUCAACCGUUCUUCUAUCGUGUCGUAGUUGACCUUACAUCCGGUAAAUACGAAACUACCGCAUUUGGUGAUCCUUCAUUCGGAUACAACUCCAUCGUCGAACCUUUCUUUGCAGCUCGGCCAGGUGAUUGCAGUUUCAUCAUCACUGGUGAUCUGCAAGGUUCCGUUGGAAUUUACGAUUGGGACACUCCGCAAACAUCUUCUCCCGUUGUACCUGCUCGCAGAUUCGAGGCUCACGAAGAUGGUGCCGUGACUGCGCUUGGUUGGAGCUCGGUUGUUCUUGCCACAGGCUCUGCACGCGGUACAACGACCGUAUGGGACGCGGUCACCUUGGAGCCUCUUAGGCUCUUUUCGUCCCCAGUCCCGCGUGCUGCACCGGGUCGCGAAUUUGGAGGCGUCAGCAGGAUUGUGAUUGAACAGGAACUUUUGGUCAUUGUCGCUGACAAUAGGGUGAUGUCAUGGAAGGUGGGACAAGUACACCACCGCGAAGCUUCGCACAAAAGCAAACAUGCUCGUGCGAGGAACCCAAUUCCCAAAGGACAACAGCGAUACGAUUUGCACAGGGUUAUCAAAGAAUCCAAACGUGAACUGGAACAGGAGAAUGCUUAUGCGCGACGUACCAUGGGGCGAGAAUGCGAGCAACGUUCCACUUUGAACGUGCUUGGACUGUCGGAGUCAGAGGCAAUAGAAUAUGUACUGAUGCUCUCCCGCGAGGAAGAAGAGCAUCGCCGAGUUUCCCAUACCAUCGAUGAAGGCGUCUUCGAGGGUGACUUUGAAGGCGAAACGUUCUUACCAGUCGCUUCAAGUUCUUUAACAAGCCAUGAUCCUGCAUUACCGGCUUUCUCAAGUUUGCUUGACGAUCACCAUUCCCGCACCUAUCCACGUGCCGCCCGUCCCACGACGAAUGAGAAAGUACAGGUGUCUCCUGUCUUCGUCCCGGAACCUAUGGAAGCCGGCGCCACCAUAAGCCCACUCAGGAUACCUGCAUCCCUGCCAGGUUCUUCGACGAGUACAAGGUCUUUACCGGACGUGGCUCGCAGCACGUCGUCCUCUUUCGAACACUUUCCCUCGAUCAGUUCUAGCAUCUCCUCAUCAACCAGCAGCCUAGAACACAAUCGUUCGGCGUGGAGUACACCCUUACGGUCGCCGCCUUCAUCUCAUGGAGCUUCAUCCCCACAUGUUGGAACACCUAUCUUGCGCACGUCUUCUGCAAGCACGGAAAAUCAUGAUAGGCAGUCUGAGGAAGAGCUCCGGGCUACCCCAGAUUUAGAUGAAAUGGACGCGGAUUUGAAAUUUGCGAUUGAGUUGAGUCUUGCGGAAGCGCGUAGUCGAGGCGAGGUUUGA